AUGGUCGGCAAAUCAGCCCGAGCACUAACAGCAACCAAAUCGUUUUCAACCUCGGAUGUUCAGUCUAGCAGCAACAAAGUACCGGUCUCGGCGCUCAAACCAAAAACGUGCCUGACGUGCGGGCGGAUGAUCACUCCACGCGCCAAGUGGGCGAAAGACUGGGAUGGCAUCAAGUAUUGUUCAGAUCGAUGUCGAAGUACGAGACCUGGCAAGGUAGUCGCCACUUUCCGAGCCAGUGCGUACAGCAUGCAGGUCUUGACCCAGUACCCAGGAGCUGAAUGUCAUGCAGGCGUCGUAAGAGUGGACAUAGAGACGUUUGUCGAAGGAGCUCUGUUGGUUGUAGCGAAACAACCCGGCGGAGGGCUGUUGGAGGAUGCCCAGAAUCGGAUCAGAGACCUGUUGGUAAGCGCCCCAAUACCAACAGGCGCAGAUGAUCAGACUCGUACUAGGAGCAACACGGACGAUGAUCAGGAUGCGCAACCCACGCUUGCUGGAAACGACAACGGCUCGCAUCUCGAUAUAUUAUGGCAAGCGCUCGACAGUCCUCCUGGCUUUCGAGAACGCAUUCGAAGAGCAGCAAGACGUCUGUCUCUCGGAAUAACGCACGAGUCGGCUCUACAUCAGACAUACGUCACAACUACCCAAGCUGGAUCGAUCGAGCUACUUCAGAGCGGCAAAACGUUGCGUACGGUCCAAGAUUUGUCGUUCGCAAAAGGUGUUAUACAUUUGGAAAUAAAGAAACGUCGACCGAAUCAAAGCCAAAUUCCAGACCAGGAUCGCGAAUGA